AAACCUGAGCUUCCUGAGACAGCAACCCAUGCCUGACCAUUGGAAUUAGAAAGAAAAGGCAAAAUUUCUUUAACUGAAAGGACCCUGGAUCCAGGACAUAAUGAAGCCGAACAGGCAAGUGAUAUGUCUUAUUAUCUUAUUGUGGGUUUGUGAGGCGGGCUCAGCAACAGGGAGGUUUUCUGUGGCAGAGGAAAUGGAGGUCGGUUCCUUUGUGGCUAAUGUGGCCAAGACUUUGGGGCUGGAGAUAGGGGAGCUGUCUGCCCGUGGGGCCCGAGUCCUCUCCGAGGACAAUCGGCAAUAUUUACAGCUUAACCUAGAGACUGGGGAUCUGCUCCUGAGAGAGAAACUGGACCGAGAGGAGCUGUGUGGUCCCAGAGAGCCCUGUCUGCUGCCUUUCCAGAUCUUGCUGGAAAAACCUUUUCAGAUAGUUCGCGCUGAGCUCUGGGUCCAAGAUAUAAAUGAUCAUUCCCCUGUUUUCCUGAACACUGAAAUCCUUCUCAACGUCCCUGAAAAUAGCCAACCUGGGUCUCUGUUUUCUCUGAAAACUGCACAAGAUUUGGACAUAGGAAGCAAUAGUGUUCAGAACUACACAAUCAGCCUUAAUUCCUAUUUCCACGUUGAAACCCGUGCUCGCGGUGACGACAGGAUGUUCGCGGAGCUGGUGUUGGACAAAGCCUUGGAUAGGGAGGUGCAGUCCGAGGUCACUUUAACUCUCACUGCCCUGGAUGGAGGAUCCCCUCCUAGGUCUGGAACAGCCCCAAUCCGAGUCCUGGUUGUGGACAUCAACGACAAUGCCCCGAUUUUUUCCCAGGCCCAGUAUGGAGUUCAGAUCCCAGAGAAUAGCCCUAUCGGCUCCCUGAUUGUCACGGUCUCUGCUAGAGAUUUAGACAUAGGAAAUAAUGGGCAAGUAUCAUAUUCCUUUUUUCAAGGCUCUGAAGAAAUUGUAAAUACUUUUGAAGUAAAUCCCACCUCAGGAGAAAUUAGAAUGAAAAGAAAACUAGACUUUGAAGCAAUUAAAUCUUACGAAGUGGAUAUUGAAGCCACAGAUGGCGGGGGCCUUUCAGGAAAAUGCACUGUUGUGAUCCAAGUGACAGAUGUGAAUGACAAUGCCCCAGAACUCAUCAUAUCAUCAUUUACCAGUCCUAUUCCUGAGAAUUCACCUGAGACUGUGGUAGCUGUUUUUAAGAUUCGAGAUCAAGAUUCUGGAGAAAAUGGACAAAUGGUUUGUUCUAUUGAAGAAAAUGUCCCCUUCAUCUUGAAACCAUCUAUUGACAACUUUUACACCCUGUUAACAGAGAGCUCCCUGGAUAGAGAAAGCAAGGUCGAGUACAACAUCACCAUUACAGUCACAGAUCUGGGGACUCCGAGGCUCAAAACUGAACGCAGUGUCACUGUACUAAUCUCUGAUGUCAAUGACAAUCCUCCAGAGUUUACUCAGACAGCCUACACAUUCUACCUCCAGGAGAACAAUAGCCCUGCCCUCCACAUUGGCAGUGUGAGGGCCAAUGACGAGGACUCAGGGACCAAUGCCAAGGUUACCUAUUCACUGCAACUUCCUGAGCCUGGAGACCUGCCCCUCUUCUCCUACAUCUCCAUCAACUCUGACAAUGGCCAUCUCUAUGUUCUCAGAUCUCUGGAUUAUGAAGUGAUCCAAGCUUUCCAGUUCACUGUGAGGGGGACUGAUGGGGGCUCUCCAGCCCUGAGCAGCCAAGCUCUGGUUCAGGUUGUGGUCCUGGAUGAAAAUGACAAUUCUCCCUUUGUGCUGUACCCCCUGCAGAAUGGCACAGCUCCCUGCAAUGACCUGGUGCCCAGAGCUGCAGAGCCAGGUUACCUGGUGACCAAGGUGGUGGCUGUAGAUAGGGACUCAGGACAGAAUUCUUGGCUUUCCUACCAGAUGCUCAAGGCCACAGACCCAGGACUGUUUACUUUGUGGGCCCACAAUGGGGAAGUGCACACAGCAAGGCCCAUUAGUGAUAGAGAUGCUAUCAAACAGAGGCUUCUGGUGCUAGUGAAGGACAAUGGGGAGCCACCUUUGUCCACUGUGGUCACGUUGAAUGUAAUCUUGGUAGAUGGCUUCUCUGAGCCCUACCUUCAACUCCCAGAUGCACCCAAGGAGCAGGUCCAGAUUGACUCCCUCACCAUCUACUUGAUCAUUUCUUUAGCAGUUAUUUCCUUUCUUUUUCUGUUCUCUAUUAUUAUGUUUAUUGCUAUUUGCCUGUGGAAGAGAAAAAGGGAUGCCACAGACUGUAGGCAAUUUGACCCAAAUGGCCCCUUCCCAGGGCACUUGAUGGAUAUCAGCAGAACAGGGACCAUGUCCCAGAGCUACCAGUAUGAGGUGUGUCUAACCAGUGGUUCAGGGACCAGUGAGUUCAAGUUCCUGAAGCCCAUUCUACCCAGUGUCUCUCCUCAAGGUACUGGCAAGGACUCACAGGAAAAUCCUGUCCUUAGAAAUAGUUACAUGCUUACUUAAGUAUUAUAACUGAUCAACAGAAAUUUAAUAUUAUUAUUUUGUGAACCCUUUGCUAGCACUGUUUCAUGAAUCUUUCAUCCUUGCCUAGUAGGGGGAACUUUGAACCAGAUAGCAAAAGUCCUUUUAAUAUGGUGAAAAUUAUUGUUGGUCCUGAAAGUUUCUCAGUGUUCUUGGUUUUAGUAAAACAUUUGGCUAGCUGAUUAAUUGAUUAUGUAAUAUUCCACAUAGUCUGCACAAUAUUGUUAUUAUUUUAUAAUAUGCUCUAUCCAAAAGAGUAAAAUGAGAAGAUAGAUUGUUUCCUUUCAAAUUUCAAAGAUCAUAUAGUUUAGCUCUAAGGCUGAUAUCUCACAUCCAUUUAGAUGCUUUCUUUUUUAUUUAUCUUUGAGUUUAACUUCCACUGUCUAGGACUGUGUUUAUGAAGCUAGUUAUUAUGAGACUUUCUCCCCCAAUCUUGAGUAUGUUACCUAUAAUUUAAAUUACUACUACAAUUAAAUGUCAGAGAAAUUCCUGAGUAAUGGCCAAUAAAUACUAGACUUCCCGUAGAGGCAGAGUUAAACAAAAAUAGAUUUAUCUAUUACCAAAAUCAAUUUUACUUUUUCUUUUAACUAUUAAAUUAACAACAUCUUCAGGCUAGCUAAUUAACAGUAUUAGCAUAUCAUCUUGGAAAGAAUUAUAAGUAAAGUAUGGAACAAAGUUUAAAGAAAUGUAAAUAUCUCAUUAAGACCUGGUACUUUUCUCUUUAAUCCUUAAUGUUAACAGUAAUAACUGAUUAAUCUAUCCCUACUUUUUCCUUCCAGGCCUAAGUAAAAACCAACUUUAACUCAUGCUUAAACUCACCUUAUAUUCAGAAACUCAUUGGAAUACACACACACACACACACAUAUAUAUAUAACUUCCAGUAAAAUUUGGCUCUAACAUUUUAGUUUUCAGGUUAUAUCUGAAUAUUCCUUACAGUGGCUUUUAUCUAACCCUUCAAAAAUAGUUAUAAACUUAUUAAAAUAAAAUGUUUUGUUCUUGAUCCUUUCAAUUAAUUAUAUGGGCAUCCCAAAGAAUGUCUCUAGACCUCCUGGUGGGAAAACUUGGGUUUCUGGGUUUCUGCUCCAUGACUUGAACAUAGCAAAAUAAAGGAGAGACAUUAACACUAUUCCCUUGUUUAGAUACAGACAGGCUGAAUCAGUCAGUCAUGAGUUAUUGAUUUUUCUGAAGACCAGAUUAUGCUUCCCUCAAGUCUCUCCUCAACAGAUAGCUUGAGAAUACCAUAAAUUUGUUUUUGAUAGUUACAUAAUCUGGACUCAAACACUAUUGACUUUCAAAUGGCUAUGCCUAUUCUUUCUGAAUUCUUAUACUUCGAAAAAUUCAGUUAAACACAACAGACUACAGUUAUGUGACAGAGGUAUACCUUCAUUUCUCUGCAAUUGUUACUUUUUAAAGUCAUGGGUUAUAUGUGUUAGCAUUUUAUCAUCAUACAAAAUGGAGAAACCUGCUAUAACUGUUGGUUUACUUCCCCCUAUCCUCUAGAGUACUUUUUAUGAAUGGUAUUUGCUUCUAAAUUGUGUUAAAGCACUUUGUAUUUCUUUUUUUUAAAAUAUGAAAUACAAAAUCUUCAAAACACUUAAACAUAUCCAUAUGUUUAUCCAUAUGCAAAGAAGGUCAUAAAACUAAGGUUGCAUAUGUAACCAUUAAUCUAUUAUUGCUAUAUUGCUCUUCUUAUUUGUGUUUUCUCUUGAACUUCUUCAUACUCUCUCUUGUGUGUUUUUGGAUAUUUCACUGUUUUUCUUUUCUUUUCUUUUUUCAUUACUAUCACUAAUCCCCAUACCCCAAAUAAAAGCCCUCCUGUGAAUUACGUAGGCAUAGUCAAAUGAAACAAAUUUAUUGCUUUGAUCAUGUUUGGAACUAUAUAUCUCAUUCUGUCCCAAUAGUUCCAUAACCUAUUCAUCAAGAGGUGAGAAGAUUGCUUCAUCAUCUACCAUUGCAAUGGUUAGAGUUCUUAAACCUUUCAAAGUUGCUUUCAUUUAUAAUAUUGUGGUUAUUCUAUUUAUAGAAUAGAAUAUUCUUCUGCUCUGCUUACUUCAUCCUGCAUUAGUUCAUAUAAGUUUUCCUAUAUUUCUCUGGAAGAAAUCCAGAUUCCCUGGGAUGGCUUUUGUCAUUUCUUAUAGUGACAUAGUAUUUCAUCAUACUUAUGUACCAUAACUUGUUCAUCUACUCUUUGAUUAAUGGACCCUCAAUUUAUUUCAAAUUAUUUGAUAAAACAAAAAGGGCUGUUAUAAAUAAUUUUGUACUUAAGUUUUCCCACUGUUUUUAAUCCCUUUGAGGAUAUGCCUAGUGGUUGUGCUACUGUGUUAAAGUGCAUGAACAGUUUAGAAACUUUUUUGAUAUUGUUGCAAAUUGUUCUUCAGAAUGGGUAGACCAGUUCAAAGCUCAACCAGCAAUACAUUUGUGUGUAUGUCCUCCUGUAACUCCUGUAACAAUUGUAAUUUUAAUUUUUGUCAUCUUUGUUAUUCUGUUGGGCAUGAGGUAGAACCUCAGAGGUGUUUAAUUCAUCUUAUUAUGAGUGAUUAUGUGGUUAUUAAUACCUUGGAUUUCUUCCCUCAAUUGAGAGCUGCCUAUUCAUGUACAUUUUAUCUAUUAGGAAUGGCUCAUUAAUAAAUCUGUAUCAAUCCC